GGUAAAGGUGAUAAGGGUAUAUUAUUCCUCCAAUCAUCAUAAUUGUAGUGUCAAUGCUCAACACUGAUUCAUUUUUUUAUUUUUUUUCUCUUCAGGACCAGUGAACAUCAAGGAGAGCCUCCUGUCAUAGAGGAGAAAGUAGAAGAGCCUCCUACUGCAGAAGAGGGAGUGGAAGAGCCUCCCACAUCAAUGGAGGAAGAAGUGCCACCUGAAGGGGAGGUGGAAGAGCCUCCCCCUUUAAGGGUGGAAGAGGCAGCGCCAUCUACAGAAGGGGGGGAAGUGGCAGAGCCUCCCCCUUCAAGGGAGAAAGAGGAAACACCAUCUGCUGAAGGGGAGGUAGUGGAAGAACAUCCGGCUUCAAGGGUGGAAGAGGCAGCGCCAUCUACUGAAGGGGAGGAAGUGGCAGAGCCUCCCCCUUCAAGGGAGAAAGAAACACCACCAGCUGAGGAACAUCAGACCCUUAGAAGGCGGGUUAGAAAGGCGCUCCAGAGAGUUUGGAAGUCCACCAGAAGAUUCGUGAGGGAGGUAUGUUGUCACCGGAGGUAUGUUGUCACCGCUGCUCCCUGAUUGCCUCCCAUUCUUUCACUCAAGUACCUGCCCACCUCUCGACUCAAGUGCCCACCUACCCACCUCUUCCACACAAGUGCCUACAUAGCCACACAAAGCCCACCCAUCCACCACUUCUACACAAACAACCACCAUACAAUCCAAAACUCUUCCAUACAAUCGCCUACACAAGCACCUGACAGCCCACCCAGCAAUACACAAGCACCUGUCCACCCACCCCUCUACAAAUAUACACUCACCCACUUUAGCCCUCUACACAUAGAACAUAUAAAGCCAUGAUCCAGGGUGUAAAACCGACUGCCGUUUCUAGGAGUCAGAAAGGAAUUUUUACCUUCAGUGCAGAUUGGCAAAGCGCACUGUAGAGUUUUUUGCCUUUCUUUGGAUCAUCAUGGCUCCCAUGCAGCAAGCUGUGGCCCCCAGGAUUACUUUUGCUCUGUGCAGGCCUAGCCAUAAGGAAUCAUCACACCCCUAGGGCAGAGCUAGAGCCAAUUCUCGCACAAGGAAGGGUAGGGAGAGGGAGAUGGUUGGUUAAUCCCUGCCCUACUAUUGAGCCUACAAAGUGUUUUGGGAGCCACAGGUCGUUUCAGGGAAAGCCUAACCACCUUUUGGCUUAUUAAUAAAUCCUGUUACCCCAACAGAUUUCUCAUAAA